GAACUUAGAGUUGAUUUUAUAGUUUCAUGUUUAGACGGAUUAGAGAUAAAAAUUUUAGAUAAUAUAAGCCAAUCAGAAUAUAAUAUUUUCAACCAAUCAUUGUUCGUUAUUCAAAUAGAUCCAAACGGAUCUACUAGAUCGGAUCCCAAUAUGGAUCUGGAUUCAGCAGAUCUGAAUUUUCAUGGAUCCGAAUCUGAUCUGAACACCGGAUCCGGAUCAGAUCCAG